CGACAACAACCGAUACUAACAACAUGGGGAAACGUUCUGGGAUAUCUGAAGAUUCAACUGAACAACCAUCGACUAAGCGUUUGAACGACGGUACUACCAGGAAACAGUCCGAAUUCACCGCUAUCCUGGAAGCUAUAGCUCUGAUACGCGAACAACAACUUCAAACGUUAAUCGUGGAAGGAAAACAGGCAGAACGAGACGAAGCACACGCUUUGGAAUUAAUGGCAUUGAAAACUACUUUGAUGUCGAGUAGGAAGGAACUACAGACCAAGAAAAUUAAGACUAUGAAAGAUACCGAUAUAGUAGUAGUAACUGGCACCAGGACCUGA